AUGAAGUUCCACUACAUCGUCUCCUUUACUCUUGCCACCUUAACAGUGGUAAACUCAUUGCCUAACACCAAUUUCCUAGCUCGGAAUCCUUGCGAUACAGCCGCGUGCCUUCCCAAUUUUUUCCCCGCAUGUGGCGGAGGCAUUUGUUCCGGUCCAAAACUUAUUGGGGAUGCUUCGUGUUGUUCAAAUACAGACUAUGAAUCUGCAUGUUGUGACAAUCAUGCCCUAGAAUGUUGCGAUGAAAAUGAACAACAAGUUGCCUUUUGCAGUCAAAACGAAAAUUCAAAUCUUUUGGUUUGUAAGCGCGAAGAACCUCGGGUCAUCUUUCAACGAUCUCCAAUGUACUAUAGUGCGGCCAACGAAGGAAACAAUGAAGUUCAACGUGCUAAUUGCUGCGAUAAAGGUGUUGGUGAGUGUUCCGAACAAAGCCACCAAACACAGGUCUCGAAUGAAAACGGACAAGACUUCGUGGCGGUGAACCGAAAACGAUGCAAGACAGGAAACGCCGGCAUGAGAGAACAAAAGAGAUUAUAUUUAAACUCCGACUGCUGCUCCGAAAAUUCCUUUUCAAAGGAGGCGAUCGGUAAUCAUAAUAUGGCUGAAAUGGAUAAUAAUGAGAGCGAAAUGGAAAGUUGCAAUGCCUAUAUGAAUAAUCAUAAUGUCAUUCUUCGAAGGUACUUUGACAAUGGAAACCCGUAUGAAUCAGGUAUUCCACGAAAGAGAGGAUUACACCUGUUGAGACGUUCAUUCCUUGGAGGUUCCGCGCCGUGUGGAAGUCCCGCACCAUGCGGAUUUCAUGCGCCGUGUGGAAGUCCCGCACCGUGUGGAUUUCAUGCCCCGUGUGGGAGUCCUGCAUCGUGUGAAAUCCCAUCAGUUGGGAAUUGUUGUAGCGCCCCACAUCUAAUGAACCAAGGAAUUCAAUCCGAUCAACAACUAUGUCAGGCAGAUUGUUGCGAUCAUGCUUACGAAGAACAAGAUUCGAGUG